AUGUCCACAAAAGACUUAACAAAGCCGUUUUACUACGGGAGCAAUAGUGAAUCCAUUGAAAACUUCGUUGACGACUAUGAAGGAUACGCCGCUAUGAAGGACUGGGACGAAACUAAAAUGAGACUUGUGGUAGGUUUGCAUGUUGCAGAACCGUUGCGUGAUUGGGUUAGGGAUAUUGUGGAAAAUAACACUUCCUGGAAAGACGUAAAAGCCGCCAUCCUAAAAUCUGCAAAAUCGAAGUAUGACGUUGAGAUGAAAAUUGAGAGUUUGAUGAACCUCAAACUAAGUGAAAAUGAAAGUAUCGUCUCCUAUACCAACCGAUUCGAUGCUUGUGCAAAAAGGGUGAAAAAUGAAGUUAGCAAUCGUGAAGUAAAACAUUGGUACCUCAGAGGCCUCCCGGCCAAGUACAGAGAAAAAGUAAAGCAACGUUACCCUGAGACCUAUGAGGAAACAAAAGAUUGGGCGAUCAAGAUCGAGAAGCAUGAAAAAAGUGACGAAUUCGACCUGAAAAAGGCCAACGUGAUAGGAGAAGAAUCGGCUUGCCAGAUGGAUCCCGAUGUCGAUGACUUGGCUAAUGCCUUUUCUGAAUUAAAGAUUCGUCGAGUUAGUCAGGGCGGUCAAGGUGAAAAGGGCGUUGAAAAGAUUGACAAGUUAGAAUCUACCGUUAACGAACUUACCAAGCUUGUUAAGGACAUAGCCAAUAAUAAAAAUCAACCCAAUCCCAACCAGCAAAAUCGCCCCAGCCGAAAUCAACCAAGAGACACCCAAGGGAAUUGGCGACAAAGGCAAAACCCCAUCCAUCCAGCACCGAGUAGUCAAUCUAAUCAAACCAACACGCGUAGGUGUUACAAUUGUGGCCAAGAAGGUCACAUAUCAAGAAAUUGUCCAAUUAGGGCCCCGCCCAACCCACCUAUUAAUCAAAAUGUGGAAGCAAGAAGUUCCAAUCCGGAAAGUGUUGACAUACAAGGAGCCAGCGUCCGAUAUUUUGAGAUAACCGAGGCUUCACCCGAUGGCGGUGAUGAGUAUCUUAAAAUUGAAAUGGUUAAGGGUGAGCCGAUAUUUGAUGUAAGGAACUACAAUCUAAGGAAGCGUAAGCAUCUUGAGGUUGAACCUGCUCCCGAUUUACCUGAUAAAAGGACCAGGAGUGAUGAGAAUACAACCAAUAAGGAAUCCCAGAUAAAAGGAGCGACAAUGUACAUACCUCUAUCUGAAUUGACCCAAGAACUUGACAUUUUGAAGAAGAUCGCUGAUCUUGAAAUGACGGUAACCUUGGGUCAGCUUUUUAAAUGGUCACCAAAAGCCCGUGUGGAAAUACUAAGGGCCCUAACAAGGAAGAAAAGGGAAGCCGAUGUGUCUUUGUUGGACACUAAUGUUAGCAUAGUAAGGGCUGUUCAAGUCAAUUUCGAUAGGCAAGUGGGCGACGUCCCAAUGGGGACAAUCAGAAUAAACGACGAAUUAAUUGACGUGCCCAUUGAUCCCGGGUCCUGUUUGAACCUCAUGCAUAUUAAUUAUGCUAAUAAAAAGGGCCUUGUAUGGAAAUCAGCUAAGGGAAGGGGUAGAAUGGCUGAUAAUAGGGUUAGUAACUUUGUUGGUUACAGACCUAAUAUUAAAGUGGAUGUCGACAGGUUCUGGGAUGAAGAGGUGUCUUUUGUUGUCUCUGUUGCCCCUGAAAGGUGGGCCAUUGAAGAGAAUGAUAAUGAUUUUAAGGAAGAAGUCGACGAUGAAGAUGAUACUGACUUCAUGAUAAUGAGAAGGGUUCAGGUUGAUGAGCUAAAUAAUCUACGUGUCGAAAUAUUGAAUAAUGCCAAAAAUGCGGCCGUGAUAAAAGUCCAUGAAAUUGAACCAGUCAGUGAUGAACAAUUACCACGGUCCUAUUGCGGACAAGUAGUAUAUUGGAACACU